GUCAUCUGUGGACGGCCCAGUCCUCAGUCAACAUACAAAGCGGUCUCAUAUCUUUGGGAGAAGACCAUACAGCUACCACUGAAGUGUCAUCAAUGCAAGCAGGUCAAGAAGAUCCCGAUGCGGGACGCUGACAAACUCUGGUCGAUUAUGAGAUUUGUCAGAGGCGGGGCCACCAUCUGGUUGGAUGCAAUGUCUAUCGAUCAAGAUGAUCCAAAAGACAAGGCUACGCAACUUUCAAUCAUGGGUGACAUCUACCGCCAUGCACAGGCUGUUUCGAUUAUGCUUCCUGUGUCCGAUAUCGAAGCAUAUUCAAAUCUAAAACAAGUUGGAAUUACCGCCAACGCAAUCGUCAAGGAGAGCAAUUGCUUAACCAGUGCUGUUCAGGUACCAGAAAGUACGACUAUCGAUAAGCGGGUAUUCAACAGCCUCGCUGGAGAGUUUUUGAACCAACUCAUGGAGAUCAAGAACAGUCUCGAACGGUGGAGAUAUUGGAAACGUGCCUGGACUUUUCAAGAGUGGACUGUUGCAAGUGAGAUCGAGAUAGCCUGCGAAGCCAACAAGAAAAAUGAGUGCGUCAUAAACAUCAAGAAGGUCGUCGUCAAUGCAGCCCAUCUUGUGUCGUUCGAGAUGAGGAGGGCUGCUGAUACGGUCCCUGACGACUACCUUGAGCGGGUCAAACGGCGGGACGAUCUAGGACGACACCUGCAUACUAUCAAGACACUGUUCCCGGUCGAGGACUAUAUCAUUGGCGGCGACGAGGUGGACUUCAGUGACAUGCGCCUAAUGACAUCUCUGCCGACAGUGAAUACGGCAACUAGCUUCGGUACAGAAAUGCUACCAAAAACACCUACCGGGACCAGUCACAAGAGCCUUCAAACAUUGGUAAGCCUCACCCUCAACGCCAUCCAUCUAAGUAAGCGCGAGGCAACCUACGAGGCUGACCUGGUGUACUGCUGGGCGUCAAUGUGCAAUAUCUGUUUCGACUAUGACCAAAACGACGAGUACCACCUCGCGCUGCACAAGGUGGUCAGUUCAUUACGACACUCUGGAAUCACAAUCUUCAAUUUCUCAGUCAAUACGGAUUCUGCAGAAACAGACAGGAAUUUCUUGAAAUACGCUGUUGCUCAGCAGCAGAGCAAUGCCGCCUACGGAGGACACUUGGUCGGCUCUGCGAUGUUCAUCGGCCGUACAGAUACCGUUUCACACGUCCAGAACUUACUCAACCAAGACGCACGGAUACUUCAUCUUGAACCAAACUUCAACGUUGUCCUUCGUCAGGUGGAGAGGACCAUUUUCAAGCGACCUGUCCUGAUGAGUAACAAGACCAGAGCGCUAGAAGUAUUUCGUUCCAUGAUCUCAGGCACGGCAGAUGGCCAAAGGUUGCUCGAUGUUGGAGAUAUGUUGAAGACCACCCUAGGCGAGACCGACGACGAGAAACUCAAAAGCCACUACCUAAUAACUGCCCAAAUUGGGGUUGAAGACGUGUACACGAUGUGGUACUUUAAUGCCUGGGCCAUCUUCCCCGCCAAUGUCCUGUUGACGGACCUGUUCAUCGCCCGAGAAAGCCUGAACGGCACACUUGUGCUGGCAUUGUAUGGGAACCCUAAGCCGGCUAGCACGGCCCGGAUCCUUGCAUACCUCAACAUGACCCACCAGCGAGACGGCACCUAUUUGGUCAAAGCUGAUGAGCAAGGC